AUGGCCAGCACCGCGCUCGUGCCCUGGGCCCUGCUCUGCCUCUGGCUGCUGGCGGCGGUGGGCACGGCCGCCCGGGCACGGCCUCGCCGGGAAUUGUCCCCGGGUCUGUACGAGCACGGGGUGGUCGACGCCGGCGGCUCCUACUGCGAGCGCGGGGACGUGUGCUGCCGCGGGCGCGACGACGGCUGCGCCGUGCCCUACCUCGACACCAUCUGCUACUGCGACCUUUUUUGCAACCGCACCGUCUCCGACUGCUGCCCCGACUUCUGGGAGUACUGCCUGGGCAUCCCGGCCCCCUUCCCUAAAGCGCCAGGCUGCGCUCGCUCCGGUCGCAUCUAUCCCAGCGGGGCCACGUUCCGGGACAACUGCAACCUGUGCACCUGCAGCCCUGGAGGGCAGUGGCAGUGUGAGGAACACGCGUGCCUCAUGGAUGGGGACCUCAUCGACGCCGUCAAUAGGGGAAAUUACGGGUGGAGAGCAGCCAACUACAGCCAGUUCUGGGGCAUGACGCUGGAGGACGGGAUGCGCUACCGCCUGGGCACCUUCCGGCCACCCCCCACCGUCAUGAACAUGAACGAGCUGCACAUGGCCAUGGACUCCAAUGAGGUGCUGCCCCGCCACUUUGACGCAGCCACCAAGUGGCCCGGGAUGAUCCACGAGCCCCUGGACCAGGGCAACUGUGCUGGCUCCUGGGCCUUUUCCACAGCAGCCGUCGCCUCCGACCGCAUCUCCAUCCAUUCCAUGGGGCACAUGACGCCCUCCCUGUCGCCCCAAAACCUCCUGUCCUGCGACACACGCAACCAGCAGGGCUGCAGCGGGGGCCGGCUGGAUGGAGCCUGGUGGUACCUGCGCAGGAGGGGGGUGGUGACAGACGAGUGCUACCCCUUCACGAGCCAGGAGAGCCAGCCUGUUUCACAGCCCUGCAUGAUGCACAGCCGCUCCACGGGCCGGGGCAAGCGGCAGGCCACAGCACGCUGCCCCAACCCCCAGACCCACGCCAACGACAUCUACCAGUCCACCCCCGCCUACCGCCUGGCCCCCAGCGAGAAGGAGAUCAUGAAGGAGCUGAUGGAGAAUGGCCCCGUGCAAGCCAUCCUGGAGGUGCACGAGGAUUUCUUCUUGUACAAGAGCGGGAUCUAUCGGCACACACCGGUGGCCGAGGGGAAGGGGCCAAAGCACCAGAGGCACGGCACGCACUCAGUGAAAAUCACAGGGUGGGGUGAGGAGCAGCUGCCCGAUGGCCAGAUCCAAAAAUACUGGACUGCGGCCAACUCGUGGGGCAGAGCGUGGGGUGAGGACGGGCACUUCCGCAUCGCACGGGGCGUCAACGAGUGUGAGGUGGAGAGCUUCGUGGUGGGCGUCUGGGGCCGUGUCAGCAUGGAGGACAUGCCCCACAAGUGAGCACCCCGGCACCGCAGCCCCCACGGAGCUGUCCUUGUCCCUGCCCGGCACCGUGCUCCCCCCCCGACCCCAUCCCCAGUGGGGGCACCCUGGCUCGGACCCCUCGUCCCGCUGGGUGCUGACACAGCAGCCGGAUGCAGUGGGCCGUGCAUGGGGCAUGGGGCCAGGGCAGGGGGCAUCGCGCUGCCUAUGGGAUAGAGGAUUUACACACUAAUCCACCCCGGGCUCAGCUGGCUUUAUUGGCAGCCGGGGGCCCUUCAAAGGCAGCCACUCCUGCCCUGGGUGUCUGAGUCCCCCUGUCAGGGGCAUAAGGCAGGAGGGGCAGUGGGACCCCCUCUCCUCCCCCCCCCUCCGGCACAGCACAGCUCCUGCAGCCCUGGAUCUGCCCCCAAUGGAGCUGGAGGGAGCAAAACAGCACAUGGGGGGGAGGUUGGAGGGGUCUAUCUGAGCCCCCAGAGAUGGAGGAAGUGGGGGCUGGGUGCUGCCAGAUGGGGAUGUGGUCCCUGCAGCCCC